AUGAGUGGUUCCUGCCGGGGCGCUGCCAAGCCCCUCAUUAGCACUCCUCUCCAUUCUUCCCGGAGGUCCAUGACGAGCUCACCAGAUCGUGGCGUGCUCCCUAUCUCUGCCAAGGCUCUCUUCGGACCGGCGGUCGAAGGAUUUGCCAAGCGCUUCACGGAGGCACAGAAAUUGUCCCAAGCUAUGCAACAUUUCCUGCCUAAGUGCUCCAGCUGCGCUGCUGCCUCUGGUCGCCCCAAGCCUCCGCCGACUCAGCAGCCUGCGAAGCCAGCACCUGCCGCCCCCGCCGUUCAGCCCGCUAAGGCGCAGCAGACACAGGGACGCUCUCGCUCGGCCAAACACUACCCUCUUCCUAAGCACCAGGGACCCCGACCCAAGAUUACGUAUAUCCAGAUGAUGCUGGUCAUGUGUAAUCCUCUACAGGUGUUUGGAGUGGACGGGGUGAAUUUCAGCGUGCAUGUGGAGAAUCAGACUCGUGUACGAGAUGCCAUGAGCCGGCGUCAUCAUCGCGUGUACCAGCUUUACAGCCGCACCAGUGGGAAACACGUCCAGGUGAUCGGACGCAAAAUCAGCGCCCGCGGAGAGGACGGAGACAAAUAUGCCCAGCUCGUAGUGGAGGCAGACACCUUCGGCAGCCAGGUGCGAAUCCGAGGGAAGGAAACUAAUUAUUACCUGUGUAUGAACCGCAGAGGGAAACUCGUAGGCAAGAAGGCCAGCAAUCGUAGUGCAGACUGCGUCUUCAUCGAGAAAGUCCUGGAAAACAACUACACAGCGCUAAUGUCGGCGCGCUACACUGGGUGGUACGUGGGCUUUACCAAAAGAGGGCGCCCUCGCCGUGGUCCGCACACGCUUCCCAACCAGCAGGACGUCCACUUCAUGAAGCGUUUCCCACCCGGAGAGCAGCCGGAUUUAACACCGUUCCGCUUCACCACCGUCAGCAAGAGGAGCAAGAGAGUCAGAGCGGCACGACCGCGCUAAUGCCGAUGCCAAUGUCCCACUGCUAACGUUUACAUGAGGACGAGGAACAAACCAAAAGACAGUCCCAGUGAAAAUGACACUACUAAUGCGAAGCAGGACCGUCUUGUCUUAUUUGAACAGACGAUGUGAUAGCAUCACUUUAUAUUCCACUGGGUUGGACCUCUACAACCCUAAUAAUAAAUACUAGCUAAAUUACACCAGAGCUGUGGUUAAGACAGCUUACUUCAGACACGGCGAUGACUAACCAAAGCAAACACAAGCAAACGUCUGGCCCAGCGGAUGAGCGGAGGAAGCAUUGGGCUGUGCAUCCAGUGAGCGGCCCACAAUGAAGACAUGAAACAAAACACAAGCACAUUGGCCUGUAGACGCCGAUCGUGUGGCAACUUUCCUAAGACAAGACUUGGACGUGAUCCCGCCUAAGGGAGAGGAGCAGAAAUCCCUGAACCUGCGGAAGAAAGAAAGAAAGAUUGGAAACUAAGACAGAAGGGCUACUGUUAUAUGGGAGCUCCUGGGAUAAGACCUGCCCUAAAGGAUACCCUCAGACAAAAAUGAAAAUUUGGGCAUCAUUUACUCACCUCAAGUUGCUCCAAACCAUAUGUUUUUUUCCCCACUGCAAUAGAGAAUAGCAUGCCUGUUUUUCAGACUAGAGUUCAUAGUUAACAUGUCUGUCAAGCUCUCGAAAGGACAAAAAAAAACACCAUAAAAAGUUCAUUAUGACACAUGCAUUAUAUUCCAGGUCAUACAAA